AUGGCCUCCGAAGGAAAGGGAUGGAUUUCAACCUCUGCCUUGUUUCUGGCUGCGAUUAUCACAGAGUUUGCGCGAUGUACAGGACUUCCAGGCUACCCCGUGAUAUUAGUUCCUGGUGAUGGUGGAUCUCAGUUUAAGGCCAAACUGAAUAAGCCUAGUGUCCCACACAUAUACUGUACCAAAACUACAAAGAAGUAUUUUGAUCUUUGGGUAAAUGUAGUAGAGCUGGCUCUGACAGUGCCAUGCUUUGUGGAUAACAUGAGACUGGUGUAUGACAACAAGACUCACACGACUGACAAUUCUCCAGGGGUGGACAUCAAAAUCCCAGGUUUUGGGAACACGUCUUCCGUGGAAUGGUUGGACCCCUCCCAGUUGAAACAAACCUCCUAUUUUGCGCCUAUCGUGGAGGCCUUAAUAGCGGCUGGCUAUGAGAGGGGGAAGUCUGUCAGAGGAGCUCCAUACGACUUCAGGAAGGCUCCAAAUGAGUUUGGUCCAUUUCUGAAGAACCUGACACAGCUGGUGGAGGAGACAUACAGGAUCAAUGGGAACAAGAAGGUGAUGUUUGUGGCCCACAGCAUGGGCAAUCCCACCGUCCUGUACUUCCUGAACCACCAGUCCCAGGCUUGGAAGGACAAGUUUAUCCAGGGCUUCAUCACCCUGGCUGGGGUGUGGGGCGGGGCCAUCAAACCUAUACGCCUCAUGGCCUCAGGUGACAGCCUGGGUGUGAUAUUUGUGAACCCUCUGAGUGUGCGUCCAGAACAGCGUAGUAUGCCAAGUACAGCCUGGCUCAUGCCUUCAGACAAAUUCUGGAAUGCCAGUGAGGUAGUGGUUAUCUCCCCUUACCGUAACUACACAGUGAAGGACUAUGCUGCAUUUUUCUCUGACAUUAAGUACAAUACGGGCUAUCUGAUGUGGAAGGACACAUCUCGGCUAAUCUACGACCUGACGCCACCAGGGGUGGAGGUGUUUUGUCUGCACGGUAAGAACAUUUCCACCCCUGGUGUGCUAGAGUACACAGUGAAGACCUGGCACGACAGCCAGCCCAAGGUUCACCCAGACAAUGGAGAUGGUACAGUGAACAUGAGGAGCCUGCUGGGGUGUCUGCGCUGGAUGGGCAAUCAGAAACAAGCCGUUCACCAUCAGAUGUUUGAGAAGGCCGAGCAUAUGGCUAUCCUUCAGAAUCCGGAAGUCAUCAACUUUAUCAAGAAAACAGUGCUGUUUAGUUGACAUCCACAACCAAGAAGUCAUCAAUGUAAUCAAGAAAUCAGUACUGUUUGGUUGACAUCCACAACCAAAAUGUCAUCAGCUUGAUCAAGAAAACAGUACUGUUUUGGUUAUCCACAUGCAAGACGUCACCAACUUUAGGAAAAGACCCAGACUGUUUUGGAUGACAGACUAUACAGCAGAAAGAAUUCUAGUAACGUCUUGGUCCACAACCGAGACCUCAUCAACCUUAGAGGGAAAACCUUGCUGUUUGACACACUGGAGUGCUGAAUUUUAGAGACAUUCGCAGACAAUCAUCAGCCUACAUUAUAACUCAUCUAAGCUGGAGUUUAUUUUCUUGUACUUUUUUCAAGAAUUUCAUUUCAAGUUUGUCACAGGGAAUUUGGACACUGAUGUUGUGAAGAAAUGUGUACAUACAUAUAGUUUCUAUCAAUUAGACUAUCAAUUACCUCAUCUUUUACUAGUAUUUAGAAUGUAGUGGUCUCAGGUAAAAUCAGUUGGUGGCUGUUAUACUAACUCUUACAGUUCACCACCAGGUGCUGUUGUUUGAUUAAAUGUCUUUAUCAGUUAAAAAACAAAAGUGAAAAUUAAGAACAACAUCCUCACAGGUGUAAGCUCAAACCUCACCAUGAAUCCGAUCUUAUGCAUUUACAGUCUUGGUGGAUUCAUCCAAGCUUGGCCUAGUUCCUUACCUUUGUGUAGACUUUGCGUAUCAGUAAAAUAUUCAAGAGUGUGUGGUAAAACUCCUAUAAAACAUGGAAAUAAGUGAAAUAAAUUUACAAAGUUUGGUAUGCCCAGAAGUUUAGUACAACAUUUGAUAGGUGAAGAAUAAGUGUUAAUAUAAAACUCAGAAUGGUUUAGAACUGAAAUCAGACCCGUAAAUCUCUGUUUCCCUAAAGUUUCUCUGGCUGUCUCAGCUAUGUUGUGACUGCUCUCUCCUCUCUUUGAAGAAAUUAAGACUUUAGCAUACAUGGACCUGUUUAUAUUACAAAUUAUUUGUACACAUUUUGGAUAAAUAAUUAGCCUCAAAAACAUCCUGUGCGCAUCCUGGUAAAAGAUUACGCUAGAUUAUUAAAGAGAAAGAAACACAAGUCAGGCCAGUGUUAGAACAGGCAGUAUGGAUACCUGAUACAGCUGUCGGAAACCAUUAAAGGAGAAGAAAACUUAAAAUAACGACACUAUAGUCUGAAAAGAGCACAUUUUUUUCUAUCUGCUGGUGCCUGCUGCAUAAUUUUGCGCUUUUUCCUCGCCGAUCACGUAAAGUCUGAAAACAGCUGACAACAAAAAAGCUCACAUAAAUCGUGUCCUCCAUCUUAAACAAACUGUAAUUUAUGCUGGGGGUGUGUUGCCUCUCAGCCAAUGAGAGUCGUUAAUACUACCGGCUUGUUCGUGUAAACUCGGAACCUACGUCCAACAUUCCGGUUUCCCGAUCGUCAAGCGGAAAACGAACUGUACUGUUCGCUACCUUCUGGGAAGAAGAGUUCUACCGGAAAUGUACGAACUGGACUUCGGCGGUUUCCGACGGCAAUUCUCCUCCUAACACAGAAGACUUCAGGACUAGUUCUUAGGCAAAUGGAGUCGCCCACAGCGGAUUUUGGCGCUGACUUUAUUGAUAAUUUAUCAACUUGAGGUACAUGUAACAAUUUUUUUAUGGCAUGCACCUGCGAGAAAAUGCAUACUCUUUUCAAUAAUAUUUGUUUGAUAUUACAAUUUUCUUCUCCUUUAAUCUACUGAGCAUAUUCUUCAAUCUUUUCUUGUAUAUUUGUAUAUAUCCUGGACUCUGUGCCACAGGUUUUGUAUCAUUACACCUUUAUAAUAAGAGUAAAGUUGAAACUGGAAACUGGAGGAUGUAAAAUUACAUGGGCAAUGUUCAACAGAUUUGGCACAGCGCAGAAAAACAUUUUAACAUUCUAACAGAAAUCUGUAUUGAUAUGCCAGAUUUACAUGAAACUGGCAAAGAUGUUGAUUUUUUACAGUACUAUGUAUAAUUUGUUGAGGACAGAUUUGUGCAGGCUAUUGUAGUGCACUGAUCACUAUGAAUGUAUUGUACCGGUACUUUGUUUUUAACCAAUUCUCCGUGUGGAUAUUUGUCUGGUAGUGUAUUAGGGGGAAUGCUGGCCUAAUAUCUUGGAAUUCAUGUGUAUUCAGUGUCAUUUCAAAUGAAAACAUGACAAACCAAGAUCUAUUUUUACACAAUAUUGUGGUCAGCUUUCUUUCCCAUUUUAACCUGGAUCAGAGAUUUUACAUACUAGGUUUAUGUUAUAAAUGUAUUGUAUCAGAUAUUUGUGUUUGCCAAAAUCUGACCAUACUGUUCAGCCUCGAUAUGGUGUGUGACUGUCUGGCUUUGUGUAUAAAUUAUUUGUACUUUCUUUACCUGAAUUAGAAACAUGAUGUUAUAUUUAUUUUAGGUAAAUUUUAUCAAAUUCUAUUUUACGUUGCAUUGGUCUACUUCAGUAUUGAUCACUGUACAAGCUUGCAUGUAGUAUUCACGGGCAUACAAUCUAUCAAUGUUGGACUGCCUCUAUCUGGACAGAGUUAUGAGUUAGGGUCAUGCCUCUGUCUGGACAGAGUUAUGAGUUAGGGUCAUGCCUCUAUCUGGACAGAGUUAUGAGUUAGGGUCAUGCCUCUAUCUGGACAGAGUUAUGA